GGCUUCAGCGGGUAGUGCCAUCGGGCCGGGGUAUAUUUGUAGUUCAUCCAGUAUUGACCUACCAUGUGUGUUGAAGUUCAAAGUCUAGACUCUUCAUCACAUGUUCUUGACGUCACUUGUCCCCAUCUAGCAAUAAUUGUAUUUCAUGAUAACUGUGCAUGUUUUCAAGCCACGUCAGUCAGUUUGAGAAAAGGGGUAAGCAACUUCGAGUUGGCUGAUAAAAAAAAGGACCUAAUCAGAGUGUAACAAUGGCGUCAAGAAUGCCCUCUCCUGUCCCCGAUGCUUCGAAAUCAACAUUACAACUACCAGCAGCACACGCCACAGUUGGAUCCAAGGUAGAAGUCCAUUUAAUCUUGCGCGGAAGCAGAGGGAAUCCAAUGGUUGGAACUGGUUUGAUGUCAUCUGUAGACGGGGUUGUUGAGUCACCCAACGGCCAAUGUUCUCAGCGUAUCCAGUUCCCUGAUACAGUACCAGCUGGUGGUGUUUGUAAGGCCUUAGUUUGGCUUAAUCAUGUAGGUGUCCAUCACGUCCACGUGAAGAUCUGCGGCAGUGAAAUCAAGGGAAGUCCUGUCAAGAUAGUAUCAGGGGUCCGUGGUAACCUCUUAAAGACCUACAAGCCGCCGAUGAACCAACCCCAUGAUAUCAUCAAGCAUGAGAACAUUUUUGUAGUUACGGACAAGUCCAACAACCAGGUUCAGGUUUUUGAUUCGGAAUUCCGCCCUGCCAACAAGUUCUGUUCACCCGAAAGUACCGACAUGGGAAAGUUUGAUCCAUACGCUGUUGCCUGGACGGGGGAAACGUUCGUAGUCACUGAUCUCAACAAUCACUGUGUCGUCGAGUUCAAAAACUUUGUCCCGUUUCAGGUUUUUGGUAAGGAGACGCUUCAGAAACCUUGCGGGAUAGCAGUGGGAAAAGAUGGCUCUGUUUACGUGGCGGACUGUCAAAAGCACUGUAUCUUUCAAUUCGACAAACACCGAGAAUGUACCUUCAUCAUUGGGGGACACGGGUCAGCUCUGGGACAGCUCAGCGCUCCUUGGUUUCUGGCCAUCAACUCAAAGGGUAACCUGGUUGUGUCCGAGUUCAAAAACCGAAGGGUGCAGGUUUUUAAUCCGAAAAAGAGACAGCCAGUUCGCAUCAUUGACGUCAAACAUAACGGCAAGGCUUGGGACUGUCGUGGGCUUGCAUUGGACCAGAACGACAAUAUCUACGUGACUGUUCGGAGUGGUUUAAUGCGAGGAUGGAGUGCUGAGCGCGUUCUGGUUUACGCCCCAAAUGGAGAUUCCCUCGGAGCUUUUGGAGAAGGAUUCAAUUAUGUUCGCGGGAUUACCGUCACCCAAAAAGGCGAAAAGACACUUGCUUACGUAGUGGAUGGUGCUAACCAUCGCAUCGUGGAGUAUGAAAUGUAAGAUAUAUUCAGUAUAGAAGUAUAUCACUACCAUCAUAAUCAAAACAAAUAUAUUAGCUACUUGCAAUCAAUGCACUGGAUACGAAGUGAUAAUAAACUCGACUUUUAGAGCUAUUUCCAAAGAUUUA